AUGCACUCCUCGUUACCCCUCCUGUUCGGCAUCAUCGCCAUCGCAUCAGCAUCUCCUUUCGAAAGACGGACAGUCGCUGCACUUAACACAGCUGCAUUCGAUGAGGCUCAGCAGAAAGAUAACACGGCUACACGUGCGUUCUCGGGAACUUCAAUCAAGACUGGCGAUGGACGGUGCCUUUUUAUUGAUGAGUUAUCGGGUGACUUUCGCGCCAACUUAAACCCUAUCCAAGUUGCAGCUUGUGAUGGAAGCGCUGGUCAAUCAUGGGAUGUUGUUACAGCUGGAGCUCAUGACAACGUAGCUGGAACAAUGCUACUUGUCAGCACUUUGACUCAAGCUUGUAUGAAUUUUGAUGAUCGACGAGCUGCUGGGAAUCAAGUCAUCAUGUUUUCUUGUGGCGGAAGAGCAGAUGGAGGUGGUACUGUUACACCUUCUCAACUGUUCAACUUCACUAGUGGCGCUGGUCCUUUGGCCUUUCAGCCCCAGAGUGGAGCUAAUGUAUGUCUGGCUGUCACGGCUGCAAACGUGCUAGACCAAGCUCCUUGUGCUGCUGGAAAUGCAACGCAGUCAUUCUCUUUUGGGGGUGAAGCGCCUGGUGCAGGUGCAACUACUUCUGUAGCUGGGGGUCCAACAUCGCCAGUGGCUGGGGCAACUCCUACUCCGACUUCUGCAUUAGCAAGCAGUGCUUCAAUAACACUAGCUACGAAUACCAAAGUCCCAGUUACAGCCUCCAGUGCCUCUGCCCCAUCUGGACCUUCCGUUUCAACCGCCAUAGGCUCCGCAGCCCAAAGCGCAUCAGCAGUCCCCGUUUCCCGCGCCGGUGGAGUUCUUCAACCAUCAGCUGCUGCAGAAGCGAACCCGAAAGACACCACUGCAACACUAGCCUUUUCCUCUGCCUCCAUCAAAACCUCUUCCGGUCAAUGCCUCUUCAUCGACUCUACCGCCGGUGAUUUCCGUCAAAACUUGAUUCCAAUCGCAGUCCAAGAUUGCACGGGAGCAGCAGGCGAGAAAUUCGACAUCAUCACAGCAGGUGCUCAUAACAAUGAGGCAAACUCGACACUCGUUGUCAGUAGUUUAACAGAGGGAUGUCUAAACUUUGAUGACAGGAGAGCAGCUGGAGAUCAAGUGAUCAUGUUUUCGUGUGGAGGACGAGCUGAUGGAGGAGGUGCUGUUACGGAUAGCCAGCUGUUCCCUUUUGGUGGUGGUAAUAGCAUUGAAUUAGCACCGAAGAAUGGUGCUGGUGCCACUUGUCUGUUUGCGAAUGGGGCGAAGUUGGAUCAGCAGGCUUGUACGGGCAAUGCGAGUCAAACGUUUGAUAUCUUUGCAUGA